AUGGCUCAGGACUGCCGCCGUCAGCAUUUUGCGAACUCCGUUGAGAUAGCCCAAGGCCAUCAGGGCGUUGUCUGCUUGAUGCUCGAGGAGGACUGCUCGCCGUCUUUCCUUCCCUCGAAGAUACUCCGAGCCGACGAAGCGGCGGUGUUCGUGGUCGCCGUGGUCGCCGUGGUCGUCAUGGUCUUGUCCUUCGACAAUAUGAUGCUGAUAUCCGGUGCUCAAAAAAGGUGGAGGCGCGGUGGCCGGUUCCUUGAAGACCAGGUUUGUGACGAGUACGGUGCUGAUGAGGACGAGGAAGACGAACAAGAUGCCGCCGCCACCGCGCAAGAGGCUGCAGAGGAGCGCGUGGCCGCCCUGGAGAAAGAGAAUUCGACCCUGCGGUCGUUGAACGAGCGUCUUGACGGGGAGGUGUCGGCACUUCGGGGCCAGCGGGAGCUCGCAGAGGCCGCACUGGAGCUGGCCAGCCACCACUCAGGUGACCAACUGAGGGAUCAUGCCCAGGCGGUUGAGAGGCUUGAGGGUGUCAACCAAGAGGUUUUGGGCCAACUCGAAGAAGAGCAGCGACAGCGCAUCGUGUCCGAAAGGGCCACGCAAACUCAGCGGGAGGCGCACAGGAACGAAGUGGCAGCAAUGCAGCGGAGGCAACAGGAGGAACUCGCUUCCGAGCGUCAGCAGCACCAGGAGAUCCUGGCUCAAGGGCUCGAGCCGCUCGCCACCAGCAACAGCGACAAUGCCGUAUUGGCGGAGCAGGCUGCGGCCGCGGAGCGUACUUCCGAGGAAUUGCGCGGUGGGAGGGCAACGACAGAAACAGGGCAGCUGGGAGCGCCGACGUUCAACUUGGACGACACCCAGGCUUCUGCAACCCCAAGCAACAUAAAGGGGUCUCGGACACUGGACUGCCCACACGAUGGGGUCUCGGGCGCUGGACUGCCCACACGAUGGUUUGACCACAACGACCGGAAAGAGCUGUACGUGGUGGUGCGGUCGAACGUGGACCAAUGCCCCACCAUCGUUGUACCCGUGCAAGGGGCGUGCUGA